CCAAACAAAGUCCACAAUAGAGUGUGCGUUGCCUACCCCAAUGUUGGGAAAGAUCCUUUUCCAUGUGCAACUUUUCAUUAUUUUUAUACAACUUUGCCUCCCUUCAUCUUCAAUUCUUCACCACUCUUUUUCUUUUUUUACUAUUUCUUUAAUUUAAUCCACUCAAAAACCUCUCUUUUUCCCAUGAUUCUGUCCUUAGAUCCGUGAGUAAGGUUCUGUUAACAUCACGUACAACCCUUUGAACUUUGAUUUUUUUUUUAUAAUCAUCUUUCUACCUAUUAUAAUCACUACUCAUUAUAUACGGAGUACUUCAUUAUCUAGCUUAAUUAUUUAGCUUAUUACACUGUUUUUUUGGGGCUGAGUUCUUAAAAAAAUCCAAUCUUUUUUUGUUUUGAUUGAACUUUGUUUGAUUGGUUCUUCUCUCUCCUUGUUAUGUCCCCCAAAUUGGGGGGUUUUUGACAAUUGGGGCUCGAAUUACAAUAAAUUUUUCUUGGGGUUUGCGCUUUAUAGCUUCUUCUGCUAUCCAUAUCUUGUAAUUUGAGAUGUGGGUUUUGAAUUUGGUAUUAUUGGGAAGCUGCCACCAAAGUAGCAGUAGAAGCAGCAACAGCAGCAGCAGCAAGCUGGGAUUCUGUUUUUGUCAAAGCAAAUGUUUUUUUUUUAUGAUUGUUGUCAUUCUUAUUGAUUGAUCAUUUUGUAUUUUGUUGUUGAUUUUGUUGAUUUGAAGUGAGAUUUUUUUUGGGUUGAUGAGCAGAAUUCUGGGUUUUUUAGCUGAGUGAUUAGUUUGAUUCUUAUUGUGGGGGAAAUGGAUUCUGGAGAUGUGUUUUACUCAGUUGAUGAGUUUAGUUUAGAUUCUAAGUGGUUGGUUGAUCCAAAUCAUCUCUUUGUGGGACCUAAAAUUGGUGAAGGAGCUCAUGCUAAAGUUUAUGAAGGAAAGUACAAGAAUCACAAUGUUGCUAUCAAGAUUGUUCAUAGAGGAGAUACACCAGAGGAGAUUGUCAAGAGAGAAGGGCGGUUUGCGAGAGAAGUAGCUAUGUUAUCUAGAGUUACACACAAAAACUUGGUGGAGUUUAUUGGUGCCUGCAAAGAACCGGUUAUGGUCAUUGUAACUGAACUUUUGUUGGGGGGUACUUUGCGUAAAUACUUGUUCAAUUUGCGGCCGAAAUGUUUGGAUAGACGAGUUGCUAUAGGGUUUGCACUGGAUAUUGCUCGUGCCAUGGAAUGCCUACAUGCUCAUGGGAUCAUACACCGGGAUUUAAAACCAGAGAAUUUACUAUUGACUGCAGAUCACAAAACAAUAAAACUUGCAGAUUUUGGUUUAGCGAGAGAAGAGACUUUAACAGAGAUGAUGACCGCUGAAACAGGAACUUAUCGAUGGAUGGCCCCCGAGUUGUACAGUACUGUUACUUUGAGGCAAGGCGAAAAGAAACAUUACAACCACAAAGUUGAUGCUUAUAGCUUUGCAAUUGUAUUGUGGGAGCUGAUGCACAACAAGCUGCCGUUUGAAGGCAUGUCAAACUUACAGGCAGCAUAUGCUGCUGCUUUCAAGAAUGUGAGGCCGAGUGCAGAUGACCUCCCUGAAGAUUUAGCACUGAUUCUAACAUCAUGCUGGAACGUGGACCCAAGUGCCCGACCCAACUUCACUCAAAUAAUCCAAAUGCUGCUCCAUUAUCUCUCUAUCAUUGCACCACUAGGCCCGGCAAUACCUCACCGGAUUAUAACCCGAGAGAAUUCAAUCCUACCACCCGAAUCGCCAGGCACGAGCUCUUUGAUGGCUAAAAAAGACAGCACUGGUGAAACACCGAGGACACCGAUGGAAGACAAGCCUCGAGGUUUUUUCUUUUGCUUUGACGAAUGUUAUUAGUAGCCUUAGACUGGUAGAAGAAGAAAGCAACUUUCUACUAAACCACCGAAAAAAGGGGGUUGUUCGGAAAGUAACAAUGUAGCAUAGUUUAGCAAACAAUGUAUUGUAAUUUGUAACUUCAAAUAGACAGACCAUUUUGAUGAAAUAGUACAUGUCUAAAAUUGCUUCCA